AUGGCAUCUGCUGCAGUUUGGCUUCCUCACAAUGACUACACUCUGCCAGUGUGCCCUGUGCUGCUGAGAGCUGCCCUGCUGGGGGAGGGGGUGCGGAGGCGAUGCUGCUGCAGUGUCACACUGAUGCCUGCGGUGACGGACCUGGAGUACGACAUCUUCGUGAUGGGCCAGCCUCCGCACAGUCAACAGAUCCUGGCAGUGUGUGUGACUCUGCCUCACGAGCACGAGGACGCACUGGAGCAGCUUUACAGGAGGAGGAACAAGCACAGAACCACACCAUGUACUCAGUGCCAGAUGGAUUCAUUUCGCCUGGUGAGGUAUGAGAUGUCAACAGGGGGGACGCCGGGCUGUGGACGUGCCAACAUGCUGCUGCAGCAGCGACACAACGCUGCCCCUGGGAUGAUCCUGAUGUACAUCAGAGGGAAGCUGCUGUUUGUGGGCUACAUGCACAGUGAUCGCAGCUACUCAGUCAGGGACCUUCAGAAGCAGAUCUGCAGAAGCAGGGGAGACUACAGAUUAGGUCUGAGCCUCCCACCAGACUACAAGUUCAGUGAUGCAGUGAGUAACUCUGCAGCCACAGACGCACACAACUCACGAAAUGCAGCAUUGACAGGAGGAAAUGACGCAACACUGCCAGCUUCAGUGGAAAAAGAAAAGGUCAAUGAGAGAAAAACCAUUAAAGUUCCUGAGGCAUCGCAGCAACGACAGAGAGACUUUUGUGUCAAAUCAAAACAGACAACAGCAUUUCCACAUGUUCCUUUGACAACACUUUGAAUAAAUGCUGUACUCCAGUGACUUUAAGUCAAUGUUGGCAAACACCUAAUAUACGUAGUAUGCAAUUUUGCACCUAUAUGGGACUGCAGAUACAACAUUUCUUUCCCUUUUGACAUUGAGGUGCAUGUACCAGCAACUCUUGCACACAUCAAGCGAUCCAAGAUAAUAA